ACUUUCUUUCGAUUUUCAUUGAAUGUUCAGGCCCAACUUACUAAAGACAAAGAUACCUGUGCGUGCUGCCACCGUUUCUUUUAUGAAACCCUCAUCGCGUUUAACGGUAGCACGAGGUUUUUCUUCGUCAGUAAAGCUUGCUUCCACCAAAACGGUAACAGCGGCAGCAGCCAGCGCAGUUAUUUCUCAACGACAGAAUAUUGGACGUUUCAGAACUCUGAGCAGUGUAUGUGCAGUACUCGCAACCACUGCAGUUUUAUAUGCAUCCAAAGAUAGCAAUGUUCUGGCACUUGAAGCCAAUGACUCCUUAGGUGAUGCCAUUUGCCACGCUAUUGUACAAAAUGACUUUAAAGCCCUGAAAAAGUUGGCUGAGGAUCCGAAUUUCACACCCAACGUUUAUCAUCGAUAUGGCUGGACGCCUUUGCAAGUGGCGGUUAUCCAGGAUAACGAACAAAUGGUACAGUUCCUUCUUGAUAAGGGGGCAGACCCCAACCUUCAGGAUCAAUAUUAUCCACGAUCACAUCAAGCAGCAAGCGUCCGUCAAGUGGAUUUCUCUGAAGAUUUGCUACCCUAUCGCGAUUAUCGAGAAUACACAGCCCUGCAUUAUGCAGUCAUUAUCUGCAAUCCAAACGUAGUCAAACUCUUAUUGGAACAUGUUGCUGAUCCUCUUGCACGUAACUCCCACGGUUUGACACCACGCGAAUAUCUUUAUUACGUAGAACGAUUUACAGGCGAGCAAAAUACAGAGAUUGAAGAAAUGUUACAUGCCAAAGAGCUAUCCUAUCCAAAAGAUAAAGCAGAACAUGAUGAGCGACAACGUAGAGAACAGUUUUUAAAAGAGAAAGAAUAUCGUAGAAAGCAUCCUUUAGAAGAUGCAUUAAAAGGGCGUAUAGUAGGACAAUUAGGACCUAUUCAUGCCAUUUCAAGCGCUAUUCGACGAAAGCAAAACGGUUGGCAUGAUGAGGAACAUCCUUUAGUGUUUUUAUUCUGUGGAUCAUCUGGUGUAGGCAAAACGGAGCUUGCAAAAGCUCUUGCACAGAAUCUACACGGAAAACAAUUGGAUAAGGGGUUCAUACGUAUUGAUAUGAGUGAGUUUCAACACAAGCAUGACGUAUCAAGAUUUAUAGGAUCACCGCCUGGCUAUGUCGGUUAUGAUGAAGGCGGUCAACUUACCGAAAAACUCAAAGAAUGCCCUAACGCUGUAGUCCUUUUGGAUGAAGUAGAAAAAGCACAUCCCGACGUAUUGACAAUCAUGUUACAGCUUUUUGAUGAAGGUCGUAUUACAGAUGGUAAAGGCACAACAGUAGAAUGUAAAGACGCCAUCUUUAUUAUGACUUCAAAUCUGGCACAACACGAAAUUGCAGAUGAAGCUGAACUCUUGAGACUGGAAGCUUCCGUCUCUUCUGAUGCGCAGACAACGGGUACUGCUACAGUCGUAGAACCUGCGAAGAAAAAUCGCAAUGACAACAAAGAGAAACCGAAGGAAGAACAAACACAAAUAUCUUUGUCACGUCAGUUCAUCGAGCGUACUAUAUAUCCUAUCCUGUACAAUCACUUUCAUCGUGACGAGUUUUUAGGACGUAUCAAUGAAGUGCUUUUUUUCCUGCCCUUCAGCGAAGACGAGCUGAGAGAAAUUACAUCAAGAGAACUGACCAGGUGGGCUGAUAAAGCUAGAACAAGACACGGAAUUACACUUACUUGGGAUCCAGAAGUAGUAAAUGUGUUGGCAGAAGGGUAUAAUAUUCGCUAUGGUGCACGUAGUAUCAAGUAUGAGGUAGAAAGAAAAGUGGUCAACUUGAUUGCAAAAGCCAAUGAAAAUGACGACGUUAUGGAUGGAGGACGUAUUCACGUAGUUGUGGAUAAACUGAUGGAUAAGAAGCAUCGCAUUUGUAAAAUCGAAAUUAUAGAGCGCGGUGGGGAUGAUUCAAAGAAGAACAAAGGCAGCUGGUUUGGUAUGAAGAAAUAGCCGCACAAAAGCCAAGACUUAACAAGCAUAGAUUAAUUUCCACUCUAUUAUGAUAAUUAUUCGUUAUUUAGAAUAACAGACACUACGUACUAUUCGUUAUACACCAUAAAUUAAUUACUCUGCAAGAGUUUUC